AUGGCUGUUAACUCUGCUGCUAAAGCUGCGAUGCAGAAGGGGAGGGUAGAGAAGGCGAAGAGCAAGAAGGAUAAGAAGGUCGCGGCACAGGCUAGGGCUGCUGUUGCUAGAGAAGCACGUUUCGGAAAGAAGACACCCACGAAAGUCACUCCCAAGAAUUAG